UUUCGCCCUGGUGAAACCCUACAUAUAUAGAAGUCCUGGUCAUCGCUGGCUCAUUACCUUAGCCGCCUCUUCUUCUUCUUCUUCUGCAAGUUUAGUCCUACCAGAUAUACAGCUUAUAUAAGUAAUUGAAACAUGGACACCUACCAAAUGUUCUUCCCCGGAUCAUCAGCUGCUUCUCCAUCGUCAAUGGCGGCUUUAUCAUCACCUAAUAUGGGAAACCCUCAAGUACUACUUUACAGUAGCAGCGGUACUACUAACUUUGGCGGUGAAAGUAGCAGUUCUACUCACGGCUUUUUGGGGUCGACGGGAACAGAAAACCAAGUAACUAAUGGGAGACAACUUGUUGUUAAAGACGAUGACGACCGUUAUUCUGAUGAUCGUGCUGCGAAUCAUGAUCAUAGUCCGCCGGCGGCCGACAACUCGGGUAAGGUGAAGAAGAAGACGAGAAAGCCUAAGUAUGCUUUUCAGACGAGGAGCCAGGUUGAUAUACUUGACGAUGGCUAUCGCUGGAGAAAAUAUGGCCAAAAAGCAGUCAAAGCCAACAAAUUCCCCAGAAGCUACUAUCGAUGUACGUAUGAAGGGUGCAAUGUUAAGAAGCAAGUGCAACGUUUAAGCAAGGAUGAAGGCAUUGUGGUGACCACUUACGAAGGGAUGCACACUCAUCCAAUCGACAAGCCUAAUUCCGACAAUUUCGAACACAUCUUGACUCAGAUGCAACUUACAAAUUACACAAGCUAGCUAGCUAGCUACUCCCUUUUAUCUGGCUUCUCCAUCUGAAGGAAUUGAUCGAGCUAGGUUUUGUGCUAGCCUCUGCCACCUGAAAUGGAAAUUAAUAUGUAGCAGAGAGUAGUAGAUAUGUUUGAUUUUUUUUUUCAGCAGAUGUUUGAUUUCAAUGAAGUAGUAAACCAAUUAAGUGGGCAUGUUUUAUAUUAUUCUUUAGAGUUUAGACAUGCAUGCCUUUCUCAAGUCAGCCUCGCUCGAUGCUAUUGGCAUCAAUAUAGUGUUUGCUUAACGCAAUGGAAGCAGGAGUUUCUCAAGUUCUUUGUGCUAGAAUUCUGAAUUUCUUAGAUUAUUCAUCAUCUCCUCGGCAUUUUUCUGUUCCCACGCAGUGCAAAGUAAUGCCUUGGUUUGAUUUAGCGUAAGUUAAGUUCAGCAACUUCAGUCGUAUGAUCACGUCUGUCCAUGUACACAACUUCGUUCUUGCUUAUUUAAAAGUUGGAUUUGAUUUUGCCGA